AUGGCGCCGAUCAAAUUUUGCGGAGAUAGCCGGGCUCCAGUCCGCGGCCACAGCGAGGAACGGACGCGGGGGACGGGAGACCGGCCCGGAAAAUGGCCAAAGGCACCAGACCCAGACUCAGGGUUCACUGUUGGGUUUAACAAGAAAGAUGGGACUGUGGUUAUUGGAGGGCUGAAGGGGAAUGGAUGCAUCCAGCUGGAAGUCCAAUACCAAGUCAACGGCACUUGGCAGGAGUGUGGAGAUUGCAUUGAGUCUGAUCAGACAGUGACCCUCUCUGAAUGGUGUGCGUCAUCACAGAGGCGAAGAAGACGAGCUGUAGCAGACAUUGAAGCCGUCCGCGCUAGACUUUGCAUUGGUGGCUUGUGCAGUCAACGAGCAGAUGCCGAAGAAGUAAAAGAUUUGUCUCAGCCCAGCGAACCAAAUGACAGUACUGGUGUCAUCGUCGGUGUCGUCGUCGGAUUUGUCGUGUUAGGUGUCAUCGUUGUGCUCGGAGUCUAUGCAAAGAGAAAAUAUGGAAACCACAACAACGGGGACAGAGAAACCUUAAGAGACACAGUGAAAGACGUCCGUCCAAAAGUCAAACAUUCGCAAGCAGACACACAGUCACCCUAUCAAGAGAUAACAGAAUUAAAAGUACUUGGUAAUCCAGCCAAUCAGGAACCAGGAACCGCAGCCUAUGCAAAUGUCCAGACUGAGCACAAGGCUUUCCCACGUGAUCAGCUGAAGAUUAUCAAAGAGCUUGGACAUGGCGCCUUUGGUCAGGUGCUUCUCGCUGAAGCCUCGGGGAUGACACAGGGGUCAAAGGUGACAUUGGUUGCUGUUAAGACACUAAAAGAGGAAGCCAACAAGAGUGACAAAGCCGACAUGAUAAGGGAGCUAGACCUGAUGAAGAAGUUACCAGACCAUUGCAAUGUAGUCAGGCUCCUUGGAUUCUGUGUAGAGAUAGACCCGCCAUACAUCAUCGUGGAAUAUCUGUCCAGAGGCAACCUGAAAGACCUUCUUAAAGACAGCCGCAGUAAGGGAGGGCGUGUCUAUGGCAACCUGCAUGGUAUCAGUAAGUCACUAACCUCCAAGGAUCUGAUGAAGUUUGCCAAGGAUGCCGCUGAUGGAAUGGCCUUCAUCUCAUCUCAACAGUGCAUUCACAGGGACCUUGCUGCCCGUAACGUGCUUGUGGCUGAGGACAUGACUUGUAAGGUGUCUGAUUUCGGACUCGCCCGUGACGUCAUGAAUAUCCGAGUGUAUGAACGGGGUUCAGAGGGUGCACUGCCCAUGCGCUGGAUGGCUCUGGAGUCCAUUUUGGAUGAUGUGUACACAACAGAGAGUGAUGUAUGGUCUUAUGGCGUACUUCUGUGGGAGAUAGUUACUCUAGGUGCUCGUCCAUACCCCGCUAUGACAGCGAAUGUGAUGAUUGGUAAGCUUCAGUCUGGCUACCGUAUGCCCAAACCACAACACUGCCAACAGGAACUGUAUGCGAUGAUGCUUAGAUGUUGGGAUGAAGAUCCAGACAACAGACCGACCUUUAAGAUGAUCAGUGCCGAGCUGGAAAAAUACAUCAACAAGGGAAAGGAAUUCAUAUCAAUCAAGGAUUUCCAAGACAGCGAUUAUGAAGUGGUGCUGGAACAAGAAGCAGGCGAGAAGGUGUAAGAUGGACUGGGUCGCAUUAAGAUGGAAGACAUCGGAGAAUUAUUUGAUUUAUUCAAUCGUGUUACUGAUGUUAAUUAUGUGAUGUAACUGUAAGAAAAUGUAUCCGGGAAAGGAAGGGACAAUUAACUGUCAACGUAUACAAUUAAAAGGAAAGUUGGUACCGGGAAAUAUGUAACAGGCUGUGUGACAGCACAG